GGGAAUGGACUUAGACAUGGCUCUCUUCUCUUCUCCUACUUCUAGAAACUCACACCCACCUUCUCUUUCUUCUCCAUCUCCAUUUCUAAGCAGACCCAAGAAAAGAAAGAAGGAAAAAAAAAAAAGUUCUUUUUUUCUUUUAUUUCUCCCUUAAUUCCAUGAAGGAUCUUUUUAUUUCUCUUGCUCUUUCAAGGAUUUGAGAACAUAAUUCUAUUCUAGUAAUUUUAUGAUCUGGGAAUUGAUUGAAAUUCAUGGCAGUUCACCAUUGAAAUGUCUUGUCUACCAGAAUCCUUGAUCACAUGCUUAAUUGGCAGUGGCAUACGUUCUGUUAACUACAAUGAAUUCUAGGUGCUUCAUUGUUUGCUGGUUUGGAGGUCAGAAAAUCUGUGCCACACAUUAUUGUUGGGUAAUUAGUAUGUGUUCAGCUUUUUCUAUGCAAUCUCAUAGAGGAGUUGUAGUUGAAACGUGGAUACCUUUGGUGGAUACAUAGUGUUGGCUUCCCUGUAGGUUAGGAAAUUGCUUCUGUUGGAUUUGUUUGUGCUCUGAUAAUAUCUGCAAUGGUGGAGCUUCUUGGUUUUCAUGUUGAUUCAAUCACAUUGUUAGGAUUAGUAAGCCUGAAUAAUGUUUCUAUUAGAUGACAGGGAACUUUUCCGCUUGUUUUAGGAAAAUUGAGCUGGAAAUAGAGAAUGCUCAGAAAUUAAAAGUUGAAUAGACUCGCUUAAAAUGAAAAAGAGGAGCAGAUAAUUUAUUCAGCUCCACAAGGUAGAAAGAUAUCUGUGUCUACGAAUUUAAGCCAUGGGCUUGCCGCAAAUUUCCUGUAAUGAUGAUAGUAAUGAAAAUCCAGCAAUGUCAUUGGGCUCAUUUUUGGAAAGCCCACCACGAUUUGCUGGUGCAAGCACCUGUGACUUGGAUGAACUGCCUGAAGGAAAUAUAAGGGGAACAGUAGGGGCUGCUAGAAGUUGUUCUGCGGGAGAUUUUCAGAGGAAAACUGCCUUCAAGCUUUCAAAAUCUCCAGACAAUGCCUUGAGGUUAGAUGGGGCAGUGGAUGUUACUUCUGAUGUUCUUGACUUGAUAACUGGUUCUGCAGAUAAAGUUGGUCAAAUUGCUCCUAGAAGUGGAAGGAAUAUCCAGAACCCUGCUUCUAGGAUAGUUGGUUUUAAAUCACGGGGAACAAGUUCUUUAAAUAAUGGACUGGAGGGAUUUUCAGGUGAUCAUCUUCAUUCAUCCUCUGUUUCUGGCCUGAGAGUGAAUGAAACUGAGCUGAGUGGAACGCUUGUCAGGAAAAGGUUAUUGUCACCUCUAAAUACCAUGCUUUCUGCCGAACAAUUUGAUGGUGAUCAUCUGGAUAUUGGCAGCCAAGUUUCUCAGUUGAAUUCCUCUGCUCUAACCAAUAAAUUAAAUGUUUCUGCACCACAUGACUGUAAGAAAGCAAAUGUUGGUAGUAAAAUCAACUUCACCGCAUCAUCUUGGUCAUUAUCCAGUUACUUGGAUACAAGAAAUGUUUUAUAUGACAAUAACAAAAGAGCAUCUGUUUUUCUCACUGAUGGCCCUUUACUGGAAAACAAAGACCUAUCUAGUGAUGGUACUUGUUUAUACUCUCCCAGACCAGAUCAUUUCAAAGGAUCAUGCGAAGAAAGAACCAGAAGCAGGGCAAUAUCCUUGUCCCCCCAAAAAGCAGUUUCACCCCCUCUAUCAUUGUCUCCUCUAGGACCUAAGUUUUCUGAAACACUAAACACUCCAGGAGGACUCAAAAAUGUUAAGAGCCACAUAGAGGAUUGCUGUUCAAAUUUAGAAAGUAUAGAACAGUCACUCGACAAACAUAGUUUGGGCAUUGUCUUUGGUCCAGAAGAAGCAGAUUUUACAAUCACAAGAAGAUCAUUUGAAGAUAUUGAUCUCUUCCCCAAAGAUUCUCAUCCAUCUUCUCCUGAAGGAGCUACUUAUAGCUGGUCUUUGUUUCAAGAAUCAGCUCCUUCCCCUAGAGCAAGAUUCAUUAGAAGUUUGAGUGGUCUUCCUGUUCGUAGGUCUUUGGUUGGUUCAUUUGAGGAGUCACUGUUGUCUGGACGGUUCUUUUCUGGAAAAUUCACCCAGAAAAUAGAUGGUUUCCUAGCUGUGUUAAGCAUUACCGGAGGGAACUUUUCACCACAAUCACAGAAGCUUCCUUUUUCAGUGACCAGUGUGGAUGGAGAUUGUUAUUUACUAUAUUAUGCGUCCAUAGAUCUUGCAGGAAAGUCGUCAAACAAGAAUAGAGGCCAAAAAUUGAAAAGAGUCCUAAGUAAUGAUGAUUCACAAACUGUCAGGAACCGCUUGCGUAUUCCUAUGAAAGGGCGUGUGCAACUGGUUCUCAGUAAUCCAGAAAAAACGCCUCUUCACACCUUUCUUUGCAACUAUGAUUUGAGCGACAUGCCAGCUGGUACCAAACAGACAUUCUUGCGCCAGAAGGUCACUUUAGCUUCUAGUGGAACAGCAUCAUCAGAGUUCAAACAUGGCCAUGUAGGUUUGGACACGAAAACAAAGGACAAGAUGAACUCAAUGCCAGAAAAAAACCAUCCUGUUAAUACAGCUAUUUCUAUCAGCCAAAAUAGUGAAGUUAAGGGAAUGGAAUGCCAUGAUACAGCAGAUUCAAUAAACACACGGAAUUUGUCUGAGCAAUCGUGCAGUGUGGGGAAGGUAGGUGUUGAUUCUUAUAUACUCGAGAAUAACUCAAGUAAUGGUAAUUGCCAGAGGACUAACAGGAAGGAAUGCAUUGGGCUGGAUACAUGCAUUGGAAUUGACAGAAGAUCAACUCAUGGCUGCUCAAAGAUCAAUGAUAAUGCACAUGGUGGUGCUCUGCGUUAUGCCCUGCAUCUCCGUUUUCUAUGCCCUUCCCCUAAAAAGUCUUCUAGGUCAGUUCAGAGAUGCAAAUCUGAUCCCACUUCUCUAAAACAAAAUACACAUUUAGAUGCGGAAGGGGACCGCAGGUUCUAUUUAUACAAUGACCUGAGAGUUGUGUUCCCUCAUCGCCAUUCAGAUGCUGAUGAGGGCAAGUUGAAUGUGGAAUAUCACUUCCCGGACGAUCCUAGAUAUUUCGAUAUCAGCAACUGAAAUGUUUAAAGUUUUACCUGAAAUGGAGCCAUGCUGACUUUGUACAUACGCACCCAAUGUUCCAAUUAGUUGUGACGUCUCAAAAUCACACAAACCCUUCAACUUGUAAAUAUUAAUUCAAUAAUAAUUGACGGGUUAAGCUUCAAUUACUUGUUUUGAUUGCCUCUGAACAUUUCUCGGGAUCCAUCAAUGCCUGUCGGUCGUUGCAGCAAUACUACGGCCUUGAGUUGAUAAGAUUCUAUUGCUUGUUUGGUAAUCGAUGUUCGAUAAACAGGUUUCUGGCAAUUUUUUCUAACCGAACUGGUUAAUCUUUAAGUGGCUAA